AGCCACUUGAACAAGAAAAGCCUUUCUAAACAAGGGCAUUUCUGAGGCUCUUGCUGGUUUUUUUGCCUUCCAGCUGACCAUCUUUGACUUCAGGGAGGUUGGUCUCAGGCUCAGGAAGAAGCCGGACAGCCCUCAGGAGACAAAGCUGCCCAAGACUGUCCGGCCCCCAGGCACGAGUGAGAACUCCAGUUCCAAGUUCUCAUCCCCUGACCGGAACAAGACCUUGCUUGAGCCUGUCCCAUCCGAGCUGGUGUUUCAGAACUAUGUCCUUGGCAAGGUCUGUGAAACGGCCCUGCUUCUGAGGAAUAGAGACAAGGUUACUCAGCUGGUGAAGGUCACCAUGGACAGCUCACCUUAUUUCAAGUUGGUCGGCCCCAAUGGUGUGUGCCAUCAGAUCCCACCGGGCUCAUUUUGCACUAUAAACAUCCUUUUCACCCCUGAGGGGAGCAAGUUACUUUUCCUGCAGGAUCAUUUCCACCAGCUUGUCUGCAGCAGUGAAAGGGAAAAGGUCUCUGUGCCAAUCCAAGCCAUUGGUGCCCGCCCAGUCUUGGACUUCCCUGACCAGCUGGACUUCUCGUCGUGUCCAGUCAACCACAGCACCCAGAAGACUCUGCUGGUUCACAACACCGGGAACCUGGAAGCCUGUUACAGCCUCAGCACUGAGAGCCCUUUCACUGUCAGCCCAGCCACGGGAACCCUCGAUGUUGGUGAAGCCAAGCAAGUGACAGUGGAAUAUCACCCGCUGCAGACCGGGCACCAUUCCACAUCCCUGGCAGUGCACUGCGACAGAGGUGAAGAUACCCACACCAGACUUCUUGGAAAAGCUAAGGACUUCAACAUCGGGCUGGACAAGUACUCUUUGGAACUUGUCAAGCCACAGAACCAUCCACAACAUUGCGAGGCUUUUGCUACUGAGGCAGAGGAGUAUCCACAGAAGAUCAGGCUGUGUCACAAUCUGUCUCGGCCACCCCAGGAGAUAGCAAAGGCUCUUGUGAUGAAGCGCUAUGAGGAGCUGGACCUUUACGACCGCGAGUUGGAGAAGGAGACAGCAAAGAUUGAAGCAGACUCCAUGCUCUUCUCAGAUGACGUUUUCACCAUUGAGCCCUUGGAGGGAGAGGUUGGGCCACAUUGUUCAGCUGAAAUCAAGGUGUUCUUUAAACCCCGAGAAGCCCAAGUCUACAGAAAAGUGGCCUACUGUUCCAUCUCAGGCCGUGAGACCAGGCUGCCCCUGCGACUCACAAGGGAAGGCCUCGAGCCCUGCCUCCAACUCAGCUCUGAGGAACUGGACAUGGGGAAAGUUUUGGUUGGAGAAGCCUACAGCUACGAGACCAUGGUCUUCCAGUGCCACCUCCUGCUGCCAGCACAUGGUGCUUUCCUCAGUGUGUGGUGA